AUGGGUAGAUCGGUUAUGGCAAGGUUGGUAACAUUGUUGGUUGCAUUAGCGGUGACGACGGAGGCGGCGGACUACAUAAGCGCGGCUUCCACCAUACUCCAAUGCGCAAACUUCCUGCGGAAUCCUAAUCCAACGGCGCCGGGAGGGAACUGCUGCACUGCAGCCAAACAGUUGCUUGCUUUAGGCGAAGCCAAGACUUUGUGCGAGGCUCUUAAACCCCUCACCUCCACCUUUCUCCCUUCCAAGGCCAAACUGCUUCCCGACAUCUGCAAUCUCCCCGCCUUCUACCCCCUCCUCAUUUGCCUGUAA